AUGCUCUUGAUGUCGCAUGGUGAGGAUGGCAUGAACAAGCUUCAAUGCAACACGUGUCCCUACGAGUUCCGGAUUCUGGGAUUCCAGAUGUUCGAGCGUAAGGUGCUACCCAGAAAGGAAGUUGACGAUGUUUUGGGAGGUGAUGGUGCCUGGGACAAUGUCGAUCAAACAACGGCACAGUGCCCAUUGGACUCUUGUGGUAACGACAAGGCAUACUUCUUCCAGUUGCAGAUCAGAUCGGCCGAUGAGCCUAUGACGACUUUCCUCAAGUGUACCAAGUGUUCCCACCAGUGGAGAGAAAAUUAG